AUGAGCCCUCUACCAAUAUUGAAUCUUCCUGAUUCAGCAGCAGAUCUUGUUGUGAAGUUAUUAAAUUUUCGUGAAAAAGUGCAACUAUGCAUGACUUCGAAGCGUAGUGCCACAAUAGUAGAACGAGCAAAAGUAAAAGUUAAAUAUAUCAAUACUCAUAUGGAAGAUAGACGUAGUAUAACAAAGAUAUUUGAAACUGAAUUGCCGGGAGGAAACUAUCAUAUUACAAUGUUCUACAGUAAUAUGUCGAAGUUUUUGAAGUCAAGUGAAAGAGAGCAACAUCGUAAAGUCAUUAAUCCGAUUCAAGAAAACAUUAACCAUGCGAGACGACUACUUGAAACUUUUGAAGUGAAAGAAUUCAAUUACAGUGUUUGCGUUAAGAAUAAGACAUCGGGGACUCUCGAAGAAUACCUAAAACGUGUUGUUGCGAUGGAUUAUGAUUUUAUAGAAUUUACUGGGUUCACGUUCUGGGAAGCAAGUGGCGACUUUCUGGACACCAAGGAUCUCUCGCUUAUAUUGAAAACAGUCAAACCUGAGGCCCGUCUUAGUAUCGAAAGUACCAUCUCUUUGGAUUUCAAACAUGAUAAUCCCUUCAAUUUCAAGUCAGUGCAUUAUAUGGAUGGUGGAUGGGUGACUAUGGAUGUUCUGAAAUCGAUCCGACAUUCUGGAAGUGUUGAAUUGGAUCGUACCAAUUUUAGCUGUAAAGAUAUCAAUGAGUACAUUCACUAUUGGGUCAAUAGUGAAGAAGAUAUCAUACGAGAUCUGAGUAUUGGAGUCAAUAGAAAAUUGAAAUUCAAUGAGCAGGAGUUAUUGAAUAAGUUGGCGUUUGCGACGUGUAAAGCGAAAAAUAAUGAAAACAGAAAUUUCACCUUUGCUCAAGUGUCAUACGAUAUUUUUUGUCCUUAUAAGAUUAAAAUUGUAACAGAUGAACCAGAAAUUCGAUUAUCUGCGUACAUUUUCAAGCAUCUUGAAGAUAUCGAAGAAAUUCAGAAGUUGAAUGAAGUGAGGGAAAAGAUCGAAGAGUUGGAGAUGAAAUGCAUGGAAGUGUUGGAAGAAGAGACAUCUGAUACUGAGAAGGAACGAAUUCGGAAGGAACUGGAGAUCGUUGUGAAAACGAGAAAUUUGAUUGAGACACGAUUGGAUGCAAUACGGAGCCAAUGGAAAAACUUCUUGACUCAUUUUUAUGCCGUCUUGUUGCGAUUGGCAGGAGUCACUAAUACUACUCUUCCUUGUCAACUUCUCCUACAUUGCGUAACGAACAUCGCCUGA